AGACUUGAAAAAGAUAGAGGACGUUCAAAUAGAAUUGUACAUGAGUUAAAGUGAAAGUAGUGCAAACUACGUUGAGCUAGAUGUAUUUGACAGCAUGUAUUGUGUACGCUUUUGCUGUUGGACUUGAAGGUCUCCAUGUCCAUGGUCCCUCUGGUCCAGUUGUGGCCCAGCUGGGAGGUUCGGUUCUCCUGCCAUGCUUUGUUGAAAGCCCACUGCCUCUGGAAGGUCUGCAGGUGGAAUGGAGAAAGACGGAUUCCGAUUCUCUAGUCGGUCUCUUCCAACAAGGAAAAAGUCACCCAGAUCUCCAGAGUCAGGGGUUUAGAAGCAGAGUGGCCUUUUUUCCACAUGAGCUCACAAAAGGGAACUUCUCCAUCUUACUCAAAAAUGUGGUUGAAGAAGACGCUGGAGGUUACAGAUGUAAAGUAAAUACAGCCCAAGAGUCCAGUGAGGUCAUAAUGGAAGUUAGUAAUAUCAGGGGUCUUGUGGUGACUGGGACAGACCAAAUCAUCUUUGCCUCUAAGGGUGAGGAUGUCAUACUGAACUGUUCUGUAGAUUCACGUGUACCAUCCAGCGAGAUUGAAGAAGUGACCUGGAAGAGGAAAGACAGAGACCCAGAGAUCCUCGUCCUAUUAUAUCAAGACAGUAAGAUUUUCCCAGACUCCUCACAUGAUAAUUAUCAGGGGAGAGUUGAUUUCUUUUCUGCUGAAAUCCCGAAUGGAAACUUCUCUUUAAAACUGAUGGAUGUAAAGAUGGAAGAUAAAGGAGAAUUCACAUGUGAGGUCCACACCAGGAACAUGUCAGGACAAACCACUGUGGUUCUUCAAGGUGUAGGUUUUGCUGCAGUCCAUAUAGCGAUAUUGGUGUUGUGCUUCGUUGCACUGUUAAUUGCAGUGGGAUUUUGUGGACCUGUUUGUAUCCUGCUAAGAAAGAAAGUUGCAAGCAAAGAGGGCAUGAAAAGGCACAUUUUUCUGAUCCUCUGUUCAAACAUCUGCAUGUUUUUGAGUUUCUGCUUGUGGUCAUCAGAAGGGUUUCUCGCUGAGAUCAUCACCUGUACAACUGUCAGUAUCAUGAGGCCUGUCAUAUUGUUAAAAACUUCUUCUUAUCUCGGCACGUUACCACAGUGCUUACAAAAAAUAGUGAAGGCUUUGGCUGUUCCGUUUUACCAUUCAGCUAUUGCAUUGACCGGAUUUUCAAUGAUCAUUGAAACUGUUGCCAGGAAUUAUGAAAUAUAUGGGCUUUCUAUAACAGUACUGGCAGUCAUAGUAGUGGUGACUGUCAUCAGUUCACAAAUAUUAGCUAUCUACAGUUUCCAAAUAUAUCUGACUUUCUGCCUAGAAAUAUUCAACAAUGCACUGCUUGUAAUUCUUCUCAGCACCACUAAAUCACACUUUAAAUACAGCUUUGAGGUAACUUCUGUUAUAACACCUCCGAUUAUGGGGAUGAUGGUGGCCCUUGUUCUACAAAAACACUUUUUUCAAGGGAAACCUUUUGGACGUGUGCAUCUUGUUCUAUCAUCUGUUAUUGUGAUGUUUUAUAGCCUCGGUAUAAUAUAUUUCUACAUUGUUGUUGCUAUUAGGAUAAAAGAUUAUGCCAGUGGAUGGGUGCUUUUGUUUGAGGGUAUAAUGUAUAUAGUUAUAUGGUUAGGCGUAAUUUAUCUAUUGCGUCGUCAACGCGGACGGAAUCAAGGAUUCAGCUCUCAAUGGAGAAAAAUAGGAUAUUUAUGCUGCACUGUCAUCAUCUCAUUUUUAAUCGUUGCCAGUGGUGCAAUCACUUUUCAUUAUUCAAAACUUCUCCUGGAUGAAAAAGUUUCAGAUCAUUAUGGAUAUUUGGCUCUGGUCCCAUUGAUCCAUGUUCUGACAGCAACUUGUUUGUUUAAACAUCCUAAAUAUUUACCUGAUUUCCUUCACAUGAUGAUCUACAUGUUCGGAGCUGUAGUUCUCAGUACUGUCAGUGCCAUCGCUCUCGCCACAGAACUGAUCCUGAAAGCAGGGAAAGGAGCACGAUCUAUAGGAGAUCUCCGUGUGAUUGUUUUACCACUUGAAACUGUGUUUUGUUCUGCGUGGCUCAUGUUACAAAUCUACGAUUCCUUUAUGAAAUACAAAGAAAGACAUUUUAAAGAAGAAAGCAGAGCAGAACCUGAGAUCGUUCAGGCGAUGGAGGAGAUGAACCCUAAUCCUGAAUGACCUGAGCUCCCAGAAAUAUUUUUGCGCAUAUUUUGUAAGAAAACAUCGUAUCUUAGAAGAGCUACAUUCAGUAAACAGAUUUAUGGAAUUCAGAACUAAAAAACAAAACAAAGCAGACUUAAUGUGUCUAUAUGGGUAACUGUUUGGUUGUUUGUUUUAAUGUGAAUUAGGUUGGGGUUGUUUUUGAUGGUUAGUUUGUUGGUUGUUUUUUUAACUCAUGCUAUUAUUUUGCUUCUGUUUGAAUUCUGUAUCACAUUCAUUUUAACCAAAUAAUAUCAUUAUAUUACUGAC